UUUCAAUUUAAAUAGACUCAUCUCCGUUCUUCUGUGACGCUCCAGAAACCAAAAUAAAAUACAAUACUACAGGCAUUUAGGUUUGGCAGUAGAUUUUGAUAGGAAGAUAUGAAGUCGAUGCCAAAAUCUCCAUGCCAUACAUUACAUGCCUUUUGCUUUUGGUGCAUACACCUCUUGUGUUCGGUACAGCGAUCCACAGCUCAGACUACAGAUCCAUCUGAAGCGGCUACUCUAAACUCCAUCUUUCAGCAGUGGAACAUUUCUGCAACAUCUGAUUGGAAUAUAAGUGGGGAACUGUGUAGCGGGGUUGCCCGUACGGGAAUCGGCAAUGUGAACCCUAGGAUCGAAUGCCUAUGCACUUUCAACAAUGGAUCCACCUGUCGCAUAACGAGACUGAUAGUCUUUUAUCAGAAUGUUACAGGUCACAUUCCAGAAACCAUCGGGAAUCUGACUCACCUCAACUACCUGGAAUUGGGUGGAAACUAUUUAACAGGUUCCUUGCCUUCAUCUAUCGGCAACUUAAGGUCCAUGCUGUACAUGAGUGUUAGUACCAAUUUGUUGUCUGGAAGCAUCCCAAAGGAACUUGGAAAUCUUAGAAAUCUAACCAAUUUGCAAUUGGGUACCAAUUCUUUCAGUGGCUCACUCCCUCAAGAGAUGGGGACUUUGGUAAAUCUGAAAGUCAUUAACAUGCACAGUAUUGGUGUGAGUGGUCCAAUUCCUUCAACAUUUGCCAAUCUAGUAAACUUGGAGAGACUGUGGGCUUUUGAUAAUGAGCUCAAUGGCACGAUACCUGACUUCAUGGGGAAUUGGACCAAGAUUAAAAUUUUGAAACUGGAUGGAAAUGCUUUCCAAGGUCCAAUACCUUCCAGUCUUUCCAGUUUAGAAUCUCUAACUGAUUUGCAAAUUGGUGAAAUAACGAGCAGAAGUUCAUCUUUGGCAUUUAUCAAGGGAAUGAGGAACUUAACCACUUUAAUCGUGAGAAACAGUAAGAUUUCAGAUAGAAUUCCAUUCGACAUUGGAGAGUACCGAUCAUUACAGCAUCUGGAUUUGAGCUUUAACAAUUUAACUGGUGAAAUUCCAAGCUCGCUCUUCAAUAUGAAUUCCCUUUCUUCCUUGUUUCUCGGAAACAAUAGCCUGUUUGGUAACCUUCCUUCUGGUAAAAGCUCGUUGCUCCAGAACAUGAACUUGGUUGCUAACAACUUCGACAUCGAUAGUAAUAAUAACAGAUUCAGUACUUUUCCUUCGGGGUGGAAUUGUCUUCAGCAGGACUUUUCAUGCUAUCAGGAUUUUCUAACAGAUUCUUCAUUUGCAAUAAAUUGCGGCGGUGGUGAGUACACAUCGGGAGAUGGAAUGUCGUAUGAUAGUGAUGUCAAUGAUCUCGGUAUAGCAUCAUAUUAUCUGGUCAACACGACCAGGUUGGCUGUCAGUAAUGUUGGGGUCAGUGAUAACCUCCAAAGUGACAUGUACACUACAAACUCUAGAUCUCAGUUUACGAAUACUUUGGACCCAUACCUGUUUCAGACAACAAGGAUAUCACAAGGAUCGCUUAGAUACUACAAGCUUGGGCUUGUGAACGGACAAUAUAAAGUGACUCUGCAAUUCGCUGAGAUACUAGUUGGAACUGGGAUUACUCUGAAUGGCUUGGGAAGGCGUGUAUUCGACAUUUUUAUCCAGGGUAAUCUCCAAUUGAAAGAUUUUGAUAUAAAAAAGGAGGCAGGUGGAGUGGCUAAUAGUGCAAUUUUGAAGACUUUCAAGGUUAAUGUAUCUAAGAAUUUCAUUGAAAUCCAUCUCUUUAGGGCUGGAAAAGGGACUUAUUAUGUUGGGCCAUCCAUUUCAGCCAUCAACGUCACUCCAGAUUUCCCACCAACUUUGAGUAACCGUGCACCAACUUCUUGGGGAAAGAAGAACAAGACUGGUUUGAUUGUUGGGAUUGUAGUUGGUGCUGCUGCUUUGAUUUUUAUAUCCAUUUCUGCAAUAUUUUGGAAAAAAAGGAGCAGGGGCAUCCACGUAGAUGAAGAGCUUCUAGAGAUGGGUGCCAACCCAAACACUUUUACUUAUUCCGAACUGAGGACUGCUGCGGGAAAUUUCAGUCUGGAAAAUAAGUUGGGAGCGGGAGGAUUUGGGGCUGUUUAUAAGGGUACACUUUUAGAUGGAAGGACAGUGGCUACGAAGAAACUCUCUGUCGCAUCUCAUCAUGGAAAGAGUCAGUUUGUAACAGAGAUUGUUACCAUAUCAGCAGUGCAGCACCGGAACCUUGUGAAGUUGUAUGGAUGCUGCAUCGAGGGAGAUGAGCGGAUUUUGGUUUAUGAGUAUCUCGAAAACAAGAGCCUUGAUCAUGCACUCUACGGAGACAAUAAGUUGCAUCUAAAUUGGCCCACCCGCUACGGUAUAUGCUUAGGUACGGCACGAGGCCUCAGUUAUCUCCACGAGGAAUCGAGGCUCCGAAUCAUACAUAGAGAUGUCAAGGCCAGCAAUAUUUUGCUUGAUGCUGAUCUCAAUCCCAAGAUUUCAGAUUUUGGUUUGGCCAAACUAUAUGAUGAUAAGAAGACACACAUCAGCACACAGGUUGCAGGGACAUUUGGGUAUCUUGCACCGGAGUAUGCCUUGCGUGGGCAUCUAACAGAAAAGGCUGACGUGUUUGGAUUUGGGGUCGUCGUACUUGAGAUUCUUAGUGGAAGGCCAAAUACAGAUGCAAACUUGGAUCAAGAUAAGAUAUAUCUCCUCGAAUGGGCUUGGACUCUACGUGAAGCUAACCGUACAUUGGAACUGAUCGAUACGACACUGUCCGAAUUUGACAAAGGAGAAGCGCUAAGAAUGAUUGGAGUAGCUCUUUUGUGCACUCAAACAUCUCCAGUGCUACGCCCGCCCAUGUCCCGUGUGGUGGCCAUGCUCUCAGGCGACGUUGAAGUAAGCAAUGUCACAUUGCGGCCCAGCUACUUGACUUUGUGGCAAUUCGAUGAAUUAACCAACUCCCUGAAUGACUAUACGUCAAGAGAGUCUAUGGGAAUAAUAAUGGAAGGCCAAUGUGACAUGUCCAACAAUUCGAGCUGGUCUACUCCUGCGAAACGGCCGCCUCUGCCCACUCAGCCAUUUUUGCAAGAGAUCAUUGGAGAAAGACAGGGCUGAUCGACUUUUUUAAGCUCUGCAUGCAUUUCUUCGAGUUAUCCUCUCACUGCUUAUGAAUCUUUCUUUUAUUUGGAUGUUGAACAUAUCUUAUCACACAGUAUGUAUAUGUGUCAUAGUUCGAAAACCUAAAAACUCGACUCAACCCGAUGUCCACCCGGGUCGGGAUGACUCUACUACUUAGUUGAAUCUUAAAUUAAAAUAGUAUUAAAUGUUUUCAUUAUUAAAUAAUACAAGUAUCCUAAGCAAAUUGCAAGUGCA